CCCCACAAAAUCACAAAGGCCCACCAUCUCUACACCUCUCAUCAUGGCCGUCCAAUCACACCUCCCUCUCAUCUUCAUCCUACUACUCUCUCUCUUCUUCACCCUCACCCAAGCAGCCACGUUCGAUAUCCGAAACCAAUGUCCGUACACCGUCUGGGCCGCCGGAAUCCCCGGCGGGGGCCGCCGCCUAGACCAGAACCAGUCAUGGACUGUCAUUGCAAACCCAGGCACGACCCAGGCUCGCAUCUGGGGUCGAACCGGGUGCGGCUUCGACAGCAACGGUCGUGGCAGCUGCCAGACCGGCGACUGCGGUGGCCUCCUUGACUGCCAGGCCUACGGCCAGCCGCCCAACACACUCGUCGAGUACGCACUGAAACAGUUCAACGACCUGGAUUUCUUCGACAUCUCGCUCAUCGAUGGAUUCAACGUCCCGAUCGAAUUCAGCGCAGUAUCCGGCGGUUGCAGUAGAGUGACCAGGUGCGUCGCUGAUAUCAACGGCCAGUGUCCUGCCGAGCUCAAGGUCCCAGGUGGGUGCAACCACCCGUGCACCGUCUUCAAAACCAAUGAGUACUGUUGCAACUCUGGUAACUGUGGGCCCAACAGAUUUUUCAGGUUCUUUAAGGACCGGUGCCCAGAAGCCUUCAGCUACCCCAGGGAUGAUCCGACGACCAGUACAUUAACGUGCCACACUGGUGCAAACUAUAGGGUUGUAUUUUCAGCCACCUUCGAGAUCCGAAACCAAUGCCCAUACACCGUCUGGGCCGCUGCAGUCCCAGGUGGGGGCCAACAGCUAGCCCGGGGCCAGUCAUGGACCAUCACAGCAAACCCAGGCACGACCCAGGCUCGCAUCUGGGGCCGAACCGGGUGCACCUUCGAUGGCAACGGUCGGGGCCGUUGCCAGACAGGCGACUGCGGCGGACUCCUCCGCUGCCAGGGUUUCGGCCAGCCGCCCAACACUCUCGCCGAGUACGCUCUCCGGCAAUUCAACAACCUGGAUUUCUUCGACAUAUCACUCGUUGAUGGCUUCAACAUCCCUAUGGACUUUAGCCCUGUAUCUGGCGGUUGCACACGUGGCAUAAGAUGUGCGGCUGAUAUCAACGGUCAGUGUCCGGCCCAGCUGCGGGCCCCGGGUGGGUGUAACAACCCAUGUACGGUUUUUAAGACAGAUCAGUACUGUUGCAAUAGUGGGUCAUGUCAGCCCACUGACUACUCUAGGUUCUUUAAGACCCGUUGCCCAGAUGCAUAUAGCUAUCCUAAGGAUGAUCAGACCAGCACGUUUACUUGCCCAUCUGGUGCUAACUAUAGGGUUGUGUUUUGCCCAUGAAAGUUCUCAAUCUCAUGAGAGUGGACGACUAUAUCAUGUAUGUCUAAAAUAAGAUGUUUUGAAAUCCUCUUUUGGGUCUCUCCAAAGACAAAUAAAUUCAUGCA